CCACGCCCAUGGCUUCAGAUGACCGCGAGAUCUCGUCCCACUUCGUCCUAAUGUGAGUCCCAGGCGGGCGGACCAAGUCGUGUUGUUUUUUAUUUGAUCGUCGUCAGUGCUUCGCCUCGCCAGUUCGGGUUUACUUGAGAAGGAAAGAAAGAAAGAUUCAUUGACUUUAUUUCUGAAGCCGCCUGCGGGUGAGUGGAGCUUUGUCGAUAGUACUGUUGAGGUAUAAGCUUCCUGGUCACCUGCCUGAGGCUGGCACUGCGGCGCCGCGUUACGUAAGGCGAGGCAUGAACGGUCCGCGCUUCCCACAGAUGGUAAGCAGGAGCUAGUGGUUCCCCGCGACCAGGUGACCCUGUGGAGCGGCUGCGGUGCAGUUCAUCUCAAUAGCGUGAGUGUUGUGCCGCACCUAAACACACGUCAUGUCAUCCUCUUGUGUGCCGCCCAAGAACUGUGUAAUACACGAUUCAGACCUGUCAGGCCACGACGACCAGAGCGAUGCGUCCAGUGAGUGUGGUUCCCUGUGCAGCUGUGAGUCGGGCAGCAUAGCGUCGUUAGCCACCAUCAAUAGAGCACCAGAAAGGGACAACUCGACCCUGGUGGCACCCCCGGCCAUGCCCCAGGCAGUGCCCCAGACCCCUGGAGUCGAAGGAGAUUCCGGGUAUUUCCCAGUAAGGGUGCCCCAGCGGGCAACCUCCGAGAGCGAGAGAAGUCGCUGCGGCGGCUGCCAAAGGACCCACUUGGUGGCAGCCUCGCUACGACACUUUCUCCUGACGAUAAGCGAGUUCUUCCCGUGGGUUGCCGGCUUCGUCAUCAUCUACUACUCAUACUGCUGGUGGGGCAUGGGCUCCGGGUUCUCGGCCUUCCUGUUCAUGAUCGGGGCCCACGCCGUCAUCCGCCUCGUCAAGACGCGUGGAGUCUUGAGCUGCGUCCCUUACAAGUCUCAGCCUCAUGUGGAGAGCGACCCUUCUUCCUCAGAAAGCGAAGACGAAGAGGAACCGGAGCAGCAGCAGCACGCGGCUCAGGAAGUCAGGGUUGAUUGGGCCUCUGAGAAGCCUCCAUCUUAUGAAGUCGCCGUCGUCAAGCCGCCGCCGUACGACCUACAGUACCACCUGACGCCGCAGCAGCACGUCGGUUACCUGCCCGUCAAGCUGCAGCCUCGCCCCAGCGCGGAGCUCCUCAUCGUCCCCUCCAGACUGGGGGAGAAUGGCGACAAUGACCUGUUCCCGCCGUCCUACCAAGACGCCAUGAUGCUCUCCCUCCACAGCGACACAGAGGACCAGGGCCGCCGGGACCGGGAGUCCUGAUCCAGGCGCCGCCGGUCCACAGACAAGGAUAAUCCGUCUCCACUCACUUUACUCUUUCGGUCCAGAAAUCUCAGGAAAAGGCCUGAAGAAGUCUUAAGUGCUGCAUGGUUGUACUGUGUAUCCCUUAACUCUUUGUACAUUUGUAUUUAAAAGAAAUAACUUAUUUUGUAAUAUAUUACGAAACACAGA